AUGCCUCGAAACCCUUCGUCCCGUCCCGGAGUUUUCGAGGAGCCAGAGAACGCUCCUGGCUGCUACCCCGGUCAUGAUCCUCCAGAGCGACAGACGUGGACCUGUUCAUUUGGCACCAAGUCCGCCGCCGAGGGUAAGAACACCAUCACAGAUCGAGACAAGAGACGAUUGCCCAAGACCAAAACAAACGGCAAGGAAAAAUCAAGCUCCUAA